GUCCGUCGCGUCGCCCGGCGGGGAGCGGGCUGGCGGUGGUAGCUGUCGCCCGCUGGGUUGCGUGACCGCGGGGUCUGCGUCCGCUCCCUCCGCCCUUCGCCCUUCGCCUCGUCCGGGCCUCCGCAGCCCGGCAACCGCCGUCAUGGUGCCGUCGGCACACCUUGCGCGGCCCCGCUGAGCCUCGGUGCGGCGGCGAGUGCGGUCGAGGUCGCCAUGCCUACCCGAGUAUGCUGCUGCUGUUCUGCUUUGCGUCCUCGCUACAAACGCCUGGUGGACAACAUAUUCCCUGAAGAUCCAAAAGUAAUUUGAUCUACAUCUACUGAUCCUUCUCUUUGCUGACCCAUUCUGCCCCCCGCUGACCUCCCUAAGGAUGGCCUUGUGAAAGCUGAUAUGGAGAAAUUAACAUUUUAUGCAGUAUCUGCUCCAGAGAAACUGGAUCGAAUUGGUUCUUACCUGGCAGAAAGGUUGAGCAGGGAUGUUGUCAGACAUCGUUCUGGGUAUGUUUUGAUUGCUAUGGAGGCACUGGACCAACUUCUCAUGGCUUGCCAUUCUCAGAGCAUUAAGCCAUUUGUAGAAAGCUUUCUUCAUAUGGUGGCAAAGCUGCUGGAAUCGGGGGAACCAAAGCUUCAAGUUCUUGGAACAAAUUCUUUUGUCAAAUUUGCAAAUAUUGAAGAAGACACACCAUCCUAUCACAGACGUUAUGACUUUUUUGUGUCUCGAUUCAGUGCCAUGUGUCAUUCUUGUCAUAGUGAUCCAGAAGUACGGACAGAGAUACGAAUUGCCGGAAUUAGGGGCAUUCAAGGUGUGGUUCGCAAAACAGUUAACGAUGAACUUCGGGCCACCAUUUGGGAACCUCAGCAUAUGGAUAAGAUUGUUCCCUCCCUCCUGUUUAACAUGCAAAAGAUAGAAGAAGCUGACAGUCGCAUAGGCCCUCCUUCUUCUCCUUCUGCAACUGACAAAGAAGAGAAUCCUGCUGUGCUGGCUGAAAAUUGUUUCAGAGAACUGCUGGGACGAGCAACUUUUGGAAAUAUGAAUAAUGCUGUUAGACCAGUUUUUGCGCAUUUAGAUCAUCACAAACUGUGGGAUCCCAAUGAAUUUGCAGUUCACUGCUUUAAAAUUAUAAUGUAUUCCAUUCAGGCUCAGUAUUCUCACCAUGUGAUUCAGGAGAUUCUAGGACACCUUGAUGCUCGUAAAAAAGAUGCUCCCCGGGUUCGGGCAGGUAUUAUUCAGGUUCUGUUAGAGGCUGUCGCCAUUGCUGCUAAAGGUUCCAUAGGUCCAACAGUGCUGGAAGUCUUCAAUACCCUUUUGAAGCAUCUGCGUCUCAGUGUUGAAUUUGAAGCAGAUGAUUUACAGGGGGGAUCUGUAGGCAGUGCCAACUUAAACACAAGUUCCAAAGACAAUGAUGAGAAGAUUGUACAGAAUGCUAUCAUCCAAACAAUAGGAUUUUUUGGAAGUAACCUGCCAGAUUAUCAGAGGUCAGAAAUCAUGAUGUUCAUUAUGGGGAAAGUACCUGUUUUUGGAACAUCUACCCAUACUUUGGAUAUCAGUCAACUAGGGGAUUUGGGAACCAGGAGGAUUCAGAUAAUGUUGUUGAGAUCUUUGCUUAUGGUAACCUCUGGAUACAAAGCAAAGACGAUUGUUACUGCAUUGCCGGGGUCUUUCCUGGAUCCUUUGUUAUCACCAUCUCUCAUGGAAGACUAUGAACUGAGACAGUUGGUCUUGGAAGUAAUGCAUAAUCUCAUGGAUCGCCAUGAUAAUAGGGCAAAGCUUCGAGGUAUCAGAAUAAUACCAGAUGUAGCCGACCUAAAGAUAAAAAGAGAAAAAAUCUGUAGACAAGACACAAGCUUCAUGAAAAAGAAUGGGCAACAGCUAUAUCGUCACAUAUAUUUGGGUUGUAAAGAGGAAGACAAUGUUCAAAAAAACUAUGAACUACUUUAUACUUCUCUUGCUCUUAUAACUAUUGAACUUGCUAAUGAAGAAGUAGUUAUUGAUCUCAUUCGAUUGGCCAUUGCUUUACAGGACAGUGCAAUUAUCAAUGAGGAUAAUUUGCCAAUGUUCCAUCGUUGUGGGAUCAUGGCACUAGUUGCAGCAUAUCUCAACUUUGUCAGUCAGAUGAUAGCUGUCCCUGCAUUUUGCCAGCAUGUUAGCAAGGUUAUUGAAAUUCGAACUAUGGAAGCUCCUUAUUUUCUACCAGAGCAUAUCUUCAGAGAUAAGUGCAUGCUUCCAAAAUCUUUAGAGAAGCAUGAGAAAGAUUUGUACUUUCUGACCAACAAGAUUGCAGAGUCACUAGGUGGAAGUGGAUAUAGUGUUGAGAGAUUGUCAGUACCAUAUGUACCACAAGUAACAGCUCUCUUUCCUUCAAGCAAAAAACCUCAUAAACCCAAGCACAAGUACAAAGAUGAAGAUCGGCUUUCUAGAAGAAAAAGCAUUGUGGACACCGUAUCCAUUCAGGUGGAUAUUUUAUCCAACAAUGUUCCUUCUGAUGAUGUGGUCAAUAACACGGAAGAAAUCACUUUUGAAGCAUUGAAGAAAGCAAUUGAUACCAGUGGAAUGGAAGAACAGGAAAAGGAAAAGAGGCGUCUUGUGAUAGAGAAAUUUCAGAAAGCACCUUUUGAAGAAAUAGCAGCACAGUGUGAAUCCAAAGCAAAUUUACUUCAUGAUAGACUUGCUCAAAUAUUGGAACUCACCAUACGUCCUCCUCCCAGUCCAUCAGGAACGUUGACCAUCACUUCUGGGCAUGCCCAGUACCAAUCUGUCCCAGUCUAUGAGAUGAAGUUUCCAGAUCUGUGUGUGUACUGAUUGGCUCAUGAAGACCUCAACAUAUGAUUUGUAAAGCCUAAAAAUUAAGGCCAAGCUGAGCUUUCAGGGUUUACUUAAUGUGUAUUAACAUACUUCAUGAAAAUAAUGAUGGCACUUAUCUUUAUCCAAAUGCUUGGCAUACUGUAUUAGAAGUUUUGGAGCUAUAUAUAAUUUUGAGUACUUUCGAAGAUAGAUUUAUGCCAUGUUAAUUUGCUUUGAGGCUCCUGUUGCCUUUUAAAGUUUGAUUUCAUUGUAUUCCACUGUUAAGUAGUAUAUUUUAAACUUUUCACAAAGGUAAUUUUUUUAAAAAAAGUAAGCCUUCAGAGGAUUGAGACUGUAUAAAUUGUUUAUUUCUUAAACAUCUACACAACUGCUUAGAUGUAGAAAUUUUAUUGUUUUCUGCAAAGGCAGAUACAUUCAAAUAUAUUCCUAGUCCUGGGGCUGCAAAACUGUUUGGUGGCUUUUUGUCCCCAUACUUUAGAUAAGCUGGGAUAGGCACCCCGCUAUUCAUUUACUAUAAUAAUAUGUGAUAGGCAUUCCUCAUCUUUUUCACAAUAAUAGGACAUCUGUUGUAUAGCAUUCCUUGAACAUGACCCUAAAAACGCCAUACUUUAAAUUGUCUGGUUCUUGUAAUACUGUGUUUCCUGCCAAGAGUUUGAUCAUUCUGCUUGAGAGCUGUAGAGCUUACUCUUGGAGUACCAAACCGUGCAAUAUUUUUACAUCAUAAGAUGUAUUAGUUUACAGGCUAUGCUUUGAAAUUGUAGUAUUUUGCUGUGGCUCCAUGAAUUAAAUGAGAUAUAUAUUUAGUACAGAAAAAAAGACAUUUAAAACAGUUACUAGUUCACCUGUGAAGAGUCUGUACAUUUUGAUUUCCAUUAAGAGCACAUUUAUUUACAUUUGUAUAUUGUGCAUUGUUUUAAAUCCUCAUAGUAAAAAAGUUCUUCAGGUGGAACUUUAAUUUGUAAGAUUUGAACUGACUUGUAUGCAUCUGUGUAGAAUUAGCUAGUUAUAUUUGAAAAGCUGCCUGUGUUUUAACAAUCAAGUGUGCUAAAGUUCGUCAAUUUAAGCUACUUUUGAUUUCACCUACCAAGAUCACAGGUGCACUCUACACAUACACUGACAGCCCCAUAACAUUAGGUACAUCUUAGUGAAUUUUAUCACAUGGUAAAAUGAACAGCUUUCUUUGUAACU